UUAGAGGAAAUACUCUCAGUUACCAAGGAAUCUGGCGAUACAGAGACAGAAGCAACUACCUACUAUCUGCUUGCUUCGAGACAUGUUGACGUUGGUCAGAUGGAAGAGGCAGAAGAGUUUCUUGAGAAAUCAAUUCAAACGAGUCGGAAAGGUGGUUGCAGGUUGAUAGAGGUUGAAUGCUUAAUCACACUAGCACUUAGGGUGCUUUCGCCACGCCAGAAAAAGAAAGCGUUUUGGAAACUUGAGGAAGCUCUUCGAAUAACCGAAGAAAUUGGAGAUUAUGAAAGGAAAGCCUCUGUGCUUCAAGCUUUAGGGGACUUUUCUAGGAUUAAUGGUAGGUUCGAAGAAGCAAAGGAAUUUUACGAGAAAGGGGUUCAGCUCGGUGCAAAAUCGCCUUACGCAAGAUUAUCGGGUUCUAUGAGGCUUGGAACUGUUCUUAUUGAACUUCACCAAUUUGACGAAGCCAUGAAGUGUUUACACAAAGGUCUUGACAUCUGUGGAGAGGACCAUUCAGUAGGCCAGACCUUACAAUACCAUAUUUACGUGGAACUCUGUCGCCUUCACCUUCUCCUUGGUCAACCAGAAAAAGCUAGUGAGUAUGUAAACAAAGUACUAACAGGAAGUUGGUACGAAAAGAACCAUACUUCUCUCAGGGUUCUUGGUUUCUAUAUUAGUGAACACGGGCACUUUGAACAAGCAUGCGACAUCCUGGCUGAGAGUAUCAAAGGUUAUGAGAACAAUCUUGACCCUUUGAAUGACGAGUCCAAACUUUCUGAUGGAGACUUAGAUGUCAACAUCUGGAUGUACACGUAUCGUUGCUUUUUGCUGUUUGUUCUUGGUAAGUUUGCCGAGGCUUUGUGUACAGCAGAGCGAGGCCGUGCCCGUGUAUUGACAGAACUGUUGGCAAAGGAAUACGGCAUUCAAGAAAAGGCCAAAUUGAGUGAAACUGACCUAUAUAGCCUUAUGGGUAGUUUGGCUAAGAGUCAAAUCUUAGUUUUCUUUGGCUCUGCGGCCGAUAAGAGCAUCUUGUGGAUAAUGACAAAUGAACAAGGCCCGAACUUGGAGGUAAUGUCUCAAGAAAAAGCAGAAGUUGAUCGUCUCCUUGAAGCUAAUUUCGGGUCACUUUUUUGUAGCCGAAACGUCAACUGCGAGGACCGUACAUUGUCAGCCUUGUAUGACAUUCAGUCUGCUGAUGAUGAUACCCAACACGACAGUGUCAGUGAGAAACGUCUCCUUGAAGAGACAGACGACGAGGUACGCGAGGUUGAAAAGUUACCCAAUCAACUGUACAAGUCACUCAUCGCUCCAUUUGCUGAUCGUAUUCAGGGCCGAGAGCUUGUACUUGUUCCUGAGGGAUCUAUGAUCAUGGUUCCUUUUGCCGCACUACAGGACGAUUCUGGAAAGUACCUGUCUGACUCGUGCAGUAUUCGCAUCAUUCCUUCGUUGUCAACACUUAAGUUGAUUCUUGACUCCCCAGAGAAUUAUCACAGCCGGAAUGGAGCGCUGAUCGUUGGCGAUCCACAAGUGAGUCAUGUCACAGCACUUCCGCAAUUGAAAGCAGCUAGGCAGGAAGCUAAAGAAAUCGCUGAUCUUCUGGAGGUGGAGCCUUUGUUGGGUAUGCAAGCCACGAAAGAAGAAGUGCUGCGACGAAUAACUGAUGUGUGUCUGGUACACAUCGCCGCCCAUGGUGACGCGGAAAGAGGAGAGAUUGCUUGUGCACCUAACCCAUCCUCCCCUCAAAACCCAACGAAGGAGGACUACAUGCUAACCAUGGCGGACGUUAGCAAGGUUGGGAGCCGAGCGAAGCUUGUUGUACUAAGCUGUUGUCACAGUGCUAAAGGAAAGAUUAUGAAAGCCGAGGGAGUUGUGGGGAUCGCUCGAGCCUUCAUUGCUUCAGGAGCUCGUUCAGUGCUGGUUUCCCUGUGGGCCGUGGAUGACAAAGCCACAAAGGAGUUCAUGAUUCGUUUCUACGGACAUCUGAAGCGUGAGAAAAUGAGUUCCAGUGAAGCUCUUCACCAGACCAUGAAGUGGAUGAGAGAAUCUGAGACGACCAGGUACACGGUGAGGGAAUGGGCCCCAUUCGUUCUGAUUGGAGAUGACGUCAAUCUGGACUUAUAAACCCUUUGUUAUAAGUGAGGUGCUGUAAGACAAGAACACUGAAGGAAGAACUGUAUCACUUUGCUAACAUUAUAAAUACCUUCACCUUUCUUAACAAUUUUUUUGUCAGUUUUCAGAAAUUUUUUUCUUCAAGGCUCUAUAAGAUUGUCAAAGAACUGUUUUGGAUAUAAAAGAUUAUUAUGUAGUAAAGCGCGUUGAAAUUAUUUGUGAAGCUCAAACUUCUGGUAUAGCUUUUAUCGUAGUUUUUCAGAUCUACGGUAAGGAAUUUUUUUUCCAUAUAAACAAAAGUUUGAUGAAAUUUCCAAAUUUUGGCUACAAAAUUAAAGAGCCAUGGCUUUUUAAGCAAAUUCACACAGUCGUCGUAUAUUAAUAUUGCGAUAAAUUUAAGGUUAUUGAUGACCCCAAUAGACACAUUGUCCUUUACUUUUAUAAAAAGUAAACCAAGAAAAAUAUAAACCGCUUCGAAAUGGUAUCGACUGUCCUUUCUUUCCAGGAACUUUAAAUAUUUUCAAUGCGGUUAAACUUAUCGGUCUGUAGAAAUCGCGGUAGAGCUUCAGUUGGUUGGCGCGCUCUGAUUGAUUUAAGAUUGCGCCUCCUUUUUACCGCAAAGAGCACUUCUUUGCGCGUUUAUCCUCAUUGCUAAGCUAGGAAAAUAACUGCCCUAAUCCGUACUAUUUAGGCUUUUUUCCACAUGUAACUUUAGGAGAGUAGGGCAAGGGGUCUUUGUAAACGUUUGGGUUUCUAGUGGAAAUGGCGUGGGCAUUCGAUUUUUUUUCAAAUAUUAUUACUUGUUUAUGUUCCGUAACAGUUUAAAUAAGAACAGACUCGUCACCUUUUUGACAUGACGACAGAGAGCAGGGACUGUAAUUUUCGAGAAUGAGCACAUCAUGCGAACAAACAAAGACGUAAAUAACCUCAUGUCCUUUCGAGCCUUUUCUGACAAAAAAAAUUUCUUUUUGCGUUUGAAAUAAAUAAUCAUUCCGAUUGUUGCUUAAGUCUGAUAAAAAGCGCAGAAAAAUUUGUAUAAACAUCGUAUGUCCGCUCACUAUAUCAAUGUUAUCCACCGUAAGUAUUCAUUUGCUCUCAUUCUUAGCACGCGUGUCUUUGUUUUGUGGAGAGCCAAUUGAGAUCCAUCUUGCAAAACUGUCACCAAGGAACAAAGAUUUAACCUAUUCUCUCAUCUAAACUAUUCUCUUCAUUUCACAUCUGCUAUUCUCAGGGCCUUUUUCAUGCUUUUUUUUUAUUAGAAAAUUUCAUUUCCCAAUUUCUGCUUUCGAACAAGAAAUUAUUUCUUUAAGCCCAAUUCGCUUUCCAAAGCCUGCUUUUUCGAUUCCCUUUUCGUGAUUUCAAAUUUACUAAUUCAUAUAAUGACUCAUUUGUACUUCACUUUUCGUUUAAAAUGAAUGAAAUAUGACGUCUUUGCCCAGCGGACUAACAUAUUAAGCAGUAAAGUAGCAAGAAUCUUCAAUUAGGAUCGCAGAGAUCGACGAGGCCUUCAAGUCGAAUGUUCUGGUUUUUACUCAGUUUUGUCGCAAGAUGAUAGGAGCAACUGACGAAAAUGACAUGAAAAGCAAAGAAAGGUUCUAAAGUUGCUUCAAUUCAGAGGUUUGUGCAUAACUAUUUUUGAGUGCAGAGUCAUGCUUUGAAGGUUCAAACCAAGAUGGUUUCGUGAAUGCACUUGUCAAAGCAAGCUGAGGCGGAACUGUUACUGAAGUUGUUUAUGAUCAGAGCUUCGGGAAGGAUUUCCUGAUAGCCCGUAAUUCAGUGUACACGUACAGUCUACGUUUUUCAGAUGGCAACUCUUUUGAAACGAACGAAUAGCAAAAUAGGUAAAUGAAGAUUUACGGUAAAUCAACAGCUGCUAAUGGUUUCUAAAUUUCUUUCGUUUUCCAAAGCACUUACCUCAAUGUCGUUUUGAAAAUAUAAGUGUCCUUGACAGUGUGUAUUUUCAAUGUCAAUGUAAAAUCAAGGGGAGCUGUGAUGAAAUGCCCGCUUAUUUUCGGAAAUCAUUUCAGAGCGUUAAGCAUUUACAACCUAAAAUCAGUAUAAAUAUUCUCCAAACUGUUCUCUAAACAUUUCCUAAGGUGCUCAGAGGUGAAUUUGUUUUAUAAUCAAGAGCUUACUUAGUUGGUGUUCGUUUUCUUUAUGCUCGUGAUUCAGGGGUGGUAGGAGUGUUUCGCAAACAUCAAAGGUUUCAAUAGUAAUAUUUUUGCAACUGAUGGUGAUAUGCAUGUUGGUAGAGAUGCAUGAUUUAUCAAAUGUGCGUUAUUCAGGCAAGCAGAAGUGAGAAUGUGCCUCAACCUACCUGCCAGGCAGUUGGGUGGAGGCAAUAAUUAUGAUAAUUGAACUGUUCACAUUUUUUCAAUUGUCGUGGAAAUAGCUAAACAAAGUCAAACCUGUAUUAAGCGGCACCAUAUUUAGCGGUUACCCUGUAUUAAGCUGUCAGUUCACAAACUCCCGAGAUUUUUGCCCUCAAUGAUUGUAAUUUUUACUUCUAUAAGGCGGUCAUCUCUAUUAAGCGGUCGCAGUCACCUUUUACGAAGUCCCAACGGCCUGUUUUCAUUGUCCUCUGCAUGUAUUUAUAUUGAAUGGUCACCCCGCUAUUCCACGUGGAUGACCGCUUAAUACAGUUUUGACUGUAUGGAGUUUCUUAUGAAGGCUUUACUUAACUCACUCAGAGAACGGCAUAAAAUAUGAACAAAGUGGAUGCCGCGGAAGCUGUGGAAAUUACAACGGUAGUGGCCCGUUUCCUGGCAUACACCAAGCGUCCACGUGCAGCUUUACAAUUCUACAAAGAGUUGAUGGCACUAUUGGAGUUCAUCGAACAGAUAUUUAAUUCAUCAAUUGCAAGACCCUUAAUGAACGAUAAAAUACAAAAGAAUUUUGAUAACUGGAUUAUAUCAACAUUUCUUUCCCUCCAUGCAAUCAACCUUCACUUGGGUGAGUUUAAUGAGUCAAAGACAUAUGCUGAACUUGCUCUUGCUAAAAUUAGAAAAACUGGCUGCAAAAAGGCAGAAAAGUUUUGUCUUCAAACACUUUGUCUAUGUUUGACUUUCGAUCGUAACCAACACGACCGAAAUACUAAAUGUCUAAAGGAAAUUCUUUCAAUUAGCGAGGAGUCCGGCGAUAUAGAGACACAAGUAACUGCCUGCUAUCAGCUUGCUUUGAGACAUUUUGACGUUGGUCAGGUGGAAGAGGCAGCAGAGUUUCUAGAGAAAUCAAUUCAAACGAGUCGGAAAGGUGGUUGCAAGUUGAUAGAGGUUGAAUGCCUAGCCGCACAAGCACAGGCGAGAAAAAUAAAGUAUUUCAGAAGCUGGAGGAAGCUCUUCGAAUAAGCGAAGAAAUUGGAGACAUUAACCGGAAAGCCAUUGUGCUUUACUCUUUAGGGAAAGCUCGUCAUGCUGAUAGUAGGUACGAAGAGGCAAAGGAAUUUUACGAGAACUCACUGCAAUUCAGUGCAGAAUUGCCUUACUUAAGAAUGCUUGUCUUCACUAGGCUAGGCACUGUUCUUGUUGACCUUAGACAAUUUGACGAAGCCAUGAAGUGUUUACACAAAGCCCUUGAAAUCUGUGAAGAGGAAACGUCAGCAUACCAUUUGUUACGCUGCAAGUACCAAAUCUUCGCCGUACUCUGUGACCUACACCUGCUCCUUGGUCAACCGGAAAAAGCUUCUGCGUAUGUAAACAAACUAUUAACAGAAAGUUGGCAUGAAAAGAAGCAUGUAUAUCUUGGUCACAUAGGUGCCUACAUUGGUAGACACGGGCACUUUGAGGCGGCAUGCGACAUCCUGGCUGAAAGUAUCAAAGGUUAUGAAAACGAUAUUAAGCCUUUAAACGACGAGUUCAGACUUUCUGUAGGAGAUGUAGAAGCCAACAUCACGAUUUACAAGAUUCGUUGCUUUUUUCUACUAGCUCUCGGUAGGUUUGCUGAGGCUUUGUGUACAGCAGAGCAAGGUCGUGCCCGUGUAUUGAGAGAACUUCUGGCAAAGAAAUACAGGAUCCACGAAAAGGCAAAGUUUAGUGAAACGGAACUCAAUAGCCUUAUGGGUAGCUUGGCGAAAAGGCAAAUGAUAGUAUUUUUUGGCUCUGCUCUCAAAGAGAGCAUCUUCUGGAUAAUGAAAAAUGACUUUGGUCCGAAAUUGGAGGCGAUUUCCCAAGAGAAAGCCAAAGUUGAUACACUCCUUGAAGCCAACUCCAGGUCACUUUUUUGCAGUCGAAACGUUAACUGCGAGGACCGUACAUUGUCAGCCUUGUAUGACAUUCAGUCUGCUGAUGAUGAUACCCAGCACGACAGUGUCAGUGAGAAACGUCUCCUUGAAGAGACAGACGACGAGGUACGCGAGGUUGAAAAGUUACCCAAUCAACUUUUCAAGUCACUCAUCGCUCCAUUUGCUGAUCGUAUUCAGGGCCGAGAGCUUGUACUUGUUCCCGAGGGAUCUAUGGUCAUGGUUCCUUUUGCCGCACUACAGGACGAUUCUGGAAAGUACCUGUCUGACUCGUGCAGUAUUCGCAUCAUUCCUUCGUUGUCAACACUUAAGUUGAUUCUUGACUCCCCAGAGAAUUAUCACAGCCGGAAUGGAGCGCUGAUCGUUGGCGACCCACAAGUGAGUCAUGUCACAGCACUUCCGCAAUUGAAAGCAGCGAGGCAGGAAGCUAAAGAAAUCGCUGAUCUUCUGGAGGUGGAGCCUUUGUUGGGUAUGCAAGCCACGAAAGAAGAAGUGCUGCGACGAAUAACUGAUGUGUGUCUGGUACACAUCGCCGCCCAUGGUGACGCGGAAAGAGGAGAGAUUGCUUGUGCACCUAACCCAUCCUCCCCUCAAAACCCAACGAAGGAGGACUACAUGCUGACCAUGGCGGACGUUAGCAAGGUUCGGAUUCGAGCGAAGCUUGUUGUACUAAGCUGUUGUCACAGUGCUAAAGGAAAGGUCAUGAAAGCCGAGGGAGUUGUGGGGAUCGCUCGAGCCUUCAUUGCUUCAGGAGCUCGUUCAGUGCUGGUUUCCCUGUGGGCCGUGGAUGACAAAGCCACAAAGGAGUUCAUGAUUCGUUUCUACGGACAUCUGAAGUGUGAUAAAAUGAGUUCCAGUGAAGCUCUUCACCAGACCAUGAAAUGGAUGAGAGAAUCUGAGACGACCAGGUACACGGUGAGGGAAUGGGCCCCAUUCGUUCUGAUUGGAGAUGACGUCAAUCUGGACUCAUAA